CGCCAAGUACUCAUUCCUCUAAAGUCUCUCUCUUCACCAGCACCUCUCAGACCAACUGCAGGACCUCCCACCCACACCGCCCUGCGCCUGCCCAGGCUUGUUCUUUGCUGUGAUCUUUCUGAAAUACAUCUCUGAUCAUGUGGUGUCCUUUCCAUGCAUCCUCAAGCCCACUGCCUACAGAAGAACUGGUGCUUUAGUAUGUGGAGUUUGGUCCAAGAAUAUGAAUGUGAUGUCUGGGCCACAGCAGCCACUUUGUGAGUUGGUAUGAAGUCAGAGGUACACUUGAAGGACAGAGCAGAGCAAGAAAAGGAACAAGAUUAAACCACAGUUUCCUCAUGGGUCGACUUGAUGGGAAAGUCAUCAUCCUAACAGCUGCCGCUCAGGGGAUCGGCCGGGCAGCUGCUGUGGCUUUUGCAAAUGAAGGUGCCAAAGUCAUAGCCACGGACAUCAAUGAGUCCAAACUUCAGGAACUGGAAAACUACCCAGGUAUCCAAACUCGUGUCCUUGAUGUCACAAAGAAGAAACAAAUUGAUCAGUUUGCCAGUGAGGUUGAAAGAAUUGAUGUUCUCUUUAAUGUUGCUGGUUUUGUUCAUCAUGGAACCAUCCUGGACUGUGAGGAAAAAGACUGGGAUUUUUCCAUGAAUCUCAACGUCCGCAGCAUGUACCUGAUGAUCAAGGCAUUCCUUCCUAAAAUGCUUGCUCAGAAAUCCGGCAACAUUAUCAACAUGUCCUCUGUGGCCUCCAGCAUCAAAGGAGUGGUGAACAGGUGUGUGUAUAGCACCACCAAGGCAGCCGUGAUUGGCCUUACAAAGUCCGUGGCUGCAGACUUCAUCCAGCAGGGUAUUAGGUGCAACUGUGUGUGCCCAGGAACCGUUGAUACCCCAUCUCUGCAAGAAAGAAUACAAGCCAGAGAAAAUCCUGAAGAGGCACUGAAUUAUUUCCUGAAGAGACAAAAGACAGGAAGAUUUGCAACUGCGGAAGAAGUAGCCCUGCUCUGUGUAUAUCUGGCUUCUGAUGAAUCAGCCUAUGUGACAGGCAAUCCUGUCAUCAUUGAUGGAGGAUGGAGCCUGUGACUGCAGGAUCUCCUGGUGGGGAAGGCAGGACCUUCUUGCCCAUGGUGAACCUGGUUGUGAAGAAAACUCAGUGAUCAUCUCUCUCCUAGGAAUGACAUUAAUGAAAAUGAGCCUUUUAAAAUUAUUGUUCCCAAGAAUCUAGUUCUUUAAUUAAUUUCUUUCCUAAUCUCUUCUGAAAUCAUUAUAAGUCAAAUAAAAAAUAUUGAACUCAUUAUCAAAAUAAUUUUUAAAAUAGACUUCAAUUUGUAAGCAUC